AUGGAGGAGGUCCCCAAACAGCUUGCACUUGAGAAGCGAGGACAGUUGAGUGAAACAGAGAUUAGUUUUGAUGGGGAAGAGGUCAAAACUCUAGGCAUGAUGUGGAAUCCUGUGACGGACACCAUGAGCUUUGUUGUCAGAGAGCUGAGUACAGAGGAAUAUACUAAUAGGAUAGUACUGUCAAAGAUGUCAAUGUUAUAUGAUCCCCUAGGUCUGGCAUCAGCAGUCACUAUAAAAGCCAAGAUGGCCAUGCAAGAUGUCUGUAGAUGCAAAUCCUUGGACUGGGAUGACCCCUUACCUGAAGAGAUGUGUGAACUCUGGCAGAGAUUGUUUGCAGAAAUGAGAGGACUUGAACAUGUAAGAUUUAACAGAUGCUUGAAGCCUUGUGACUCUGUAGGUUCCUCUGAGCUACAUGUGUUUGCGGAUGCAAGUAUGGGAGCUUAUGGAGCAGUAGCAUAUCUACUGUGGCCAACUGUGAGUGGUAUAGAAGUACAGUUGGUGCUCGCCAAGGCAAGAGUAGCUCCACCGCAUCAAACAACCAUACCAAGAUUUGAACUCAUGGCAGCUUUGAUUGCCUCUAGACUUGCCAAGACAAUCUGUGAUGAAUUCAAAGAGAAGCCAUCAGAAGUAAAUUUGUGGUCCGACUUUCAAAUUGUACUCCACUGGAUACACUCCAAUUCAAUAUCAUUCAAGGCCUUCGUAGGUGUUCCUGUGGCGGAGAUUCAAUCAGUGUGGGAUGCAAGUCACUGGAAGUAUGUGCCAACAUCCCUGAACCCAGCUGAUGACUUGAGUCAUGGCAUAUCUGUGGAGGGGAUGAAUGGUAGAUGGGUGCAUGGGCCAUCUUUUCUGAAACUUCCAGUUGAGCAGUGGCCAAAACAACCAUCAGAUGAUGUAGUUGUGGAUGACAGUGUAGAGAUAAGGAAAUCUAAACUUGUUGCUUCAUGCAUCUCGGUGUUACCAGUGAUAGAUGCAGGGAAAGUGUCAAGCUGGCAGCGGCAUUUUGAGGAUUACAGCCAAUUGUUUGUGGUUCAUCCAUAG